GCUCAUCAUGUGACUUUGGCGUAAACAGGAAGCAGCUGAUUCUGACUUCACUGCCUGUUUCUACCAACUGAAGGAGAGGAAGAGGAGAGCUGCUACAGACACACACACUGUAGUCAUCUGACCUGCAGCUCAGAGAAAUACUCCACAUCGUGUCUGCUGAGGGGGGAUGUCAAGCACAGCAAUGAAGAAAAAGGUGUUACUGAUGGGCAAAAGUGGGUCUGGAAAGACUAGUAUGAGAUCAAUCAUCUUUGCCAAUUACAUAGCUCGAGACACACGUCGCCUUGGAGCUACAAUUGAUGUGGAGCACUCCCACGUACGAUUUCUUGGCAAUCUGGUUCUAAACCUGUGGGACUGUGGAGGGCAGGACACAUUCAUGGAGAACUACUUCACCAGCCAGAGGGAUAACAUUUUCAGAAAUGUAGAGGUGCUUAUUUAUGUUUUCGACGUCGAGAGCCGUGAGCUGGAGAAAGACAUGCAUUACUACCAGUCGUGUCUAGAGGCCAUCCUGCAGAACUCUCCUGAUGCUAAAGUGUUCUGCCUCGUGCACAAAAUGGAUCUGGUGCAGGAAGACCAGAGAGAUUUGAUCUUUAAGGAGCGUGAAGAAGAUCUGAAGAGACUGUCCAGACCUUUGGCCUGCACAUGUUUCCGGACAUCAAUCUGGGACGAAACCCUGUAUAAGGCCUGGUCUAGCAUAGUGUACCAGCUCAUCCCAAACGUCCAGCAGCUGGAGACAAACCUGAGAAAUUUUGCGCAGAUCAUAGAAGCAGAUGAAGUUCUUCUGUUCGAGAGAGCCACUUUCCUGGUGAUCUCCCACUAUCAGUGCAAAGAGCAGCGUGAUGCUCACCGAUUUGAGAAGAUCAGUAACAUUAUCAAGCAGUUCAAACUCAGCUGUAGUAAACUUGCAGCCUCCUUCCAAAGCAUGGAAGUGAGGAACUCCAACUUUGCGGCCUUCAUCGACGUCUUCACCUCCAACACAUAUGUUAUGGUCAUCAUGUCCGACCCGUCCAUCCCAUCUGCAGCCACUCUCAUCAAUAUCCGCAAUGCUAGGAAACACUUUGAGAAGUUGGAGCGGGUGGAUGGACCUAAGCACAGCCUGCACAUGCGAAUGCGCUAGACAGUGUGUUCAUGCCAGUGGAUCCUCUCAGCCAAUCAGUCCACAGACCGCAGACGGCAUGUUGCGGUCCAGCUCUGAUACAUAUGAGCAGCCCUGCACCGUUUCCUCUAUAUCUUCACAUUCAAUCACAGUUAUUAAGGGAAAAUCAUAUUUUCUUUGGUCUAAUUUCUACAGUGAUCAUAAAUAUCACGAACAGUGAUGCUUUCUGUUUGAAAUAUUUGUCCUGACUUGAGGUAUUAAAGUAAAAUGAUUAGCUGUGUUUACUAUGAAAUGGUGGCUACGUUUGCUGUCACACUUUGUCAUAUACACAAGAGACAUUCACUCCUCGCAGUGAAUCCCAGUGAUCGGGGGAUCUUAAGUCCAAAUGAAAAGCGACAGAUACAGUUUGAUUUUCAAAUGCAGUUUGUAAGCUGUUACACUUUGAAAGUACAAACAAUAUAGUUAUAUUCACAAAUA